AUGUUUAUUCAAUUCGGAAAAAUAGAUGUUGCUCAGGCUAAGAUAUUAGAUUAUCAAAAUGCUACAAUAUUUUCUCAAAUUGAUCAUGAAAUUUUAAAUGAAUUUAUCACUAAUGAUACUUCGACAGUACUUAAUACUUUGAUCAUUGAUGGUGUAUGUUUAUCAAUUGAUAGUGAAAAUUUUCAAACAUGUCAAACAUUGAAACGUUUAACAUUAUCUGUUGAAUAUCAACAUCAUUUAUUUAUCUUAUUAGAAUAUUUACCACAAUUAGAAUAUUUGAAUAUCGGCAUUCGAGAAGGUAAAGCAGGUAAAUAUGAUUAUAAUUAUUUAAAAACAAAAACUCUUCAACUAAAAUUACGGCAACUUAUUAUAUCUGCAAAUGAUAUUGAUUUCUAUGAUUUGAAUCUUCUACUUCGACAAUGUCAAUCAACAUUAGAAAUAUUAAAAUUACGUUUGAAAAUUGAUUAUAUAAUUGAUGGACGAAUGUUAGAACCAUGGAAAAGAUCAUUAAAACAAUUUUAUUUUUAUUUUUUCUGUCAUUCACUUGAUGGUUCAUCUAUUGAUGCAGAUGAUUUGUUAUCAUCAUUUCAAACAUCUCUCUGGUUACAUGAUCAAUCUGUAAUGUUUUUUACAAAUUCAUUUUAUCAAACCUAUACAAUCGUUUCACCACCAUAUGAUUGUCGAAAUAUUAAUUGUUCAUUAACAAAUGAAUUUUUAAAUUAUCAAUUAAAUAAUCGACAAGUAGAAUUGAAAAUGCCACGAAUUAAACGAAUAUUUCUAAAUGAUAAACAAGAAUCUGUAUACACCGAUCAAUUUUUUCAAGUAUUGAAAUCUAUUUUUAUCAAUCUUCAGAUAUUAGAAAUUGGCUCUAAUUUUCAUCUUAUUGAUAAUUAUGAUAAUAAUAAUAAUAAUAAUAAUAAUAAUUCUUGGAAAGAAGAUGCAAAAUUAUCUACUGUUCAUACCUUGAUCAUUGUAAAUAAUCAAGAUCAUCUUAAUGUUAAACGUUUAUUUAAAUUAUUACCCAAUCUAUAUCGUCUUCAUAUUGAUUAUGAUCUAUUAGUAGCUAGUCUAUAUGAUUUGUAUUCGAUAGAAAGACAAGAAAAAUAUCAAUAUCAACAUUUGCAAGAAAUAUUAAUUCAUUUUCAACCAAAUCAACAUAUCGAACUGGAUGAUGAUUUCAAAAAUAGAGUGAAACUUGUAUAUGGCAAAGCUAAAAUUUUAUCAUAA